AUGGCUUCCUCCCUCCUCACCCGCAAACGCGACCUCCUCUACUUCAUCUUCUUUGUCAUCCAUGUCCCUAUCAUCUUCCUCGUGGAUACCGUCCCUCUCUUGCCAUCAUGGCUCGUCACCGAUUUCUCGCAUACUCUCCGCGAAUAUUACAUUGUCAAUUACCAUGAUAAAUUCUUUGAAGAGGCCGCGCCCGCCUGGUUCACCCUGUUCACCGCUAUGGAGCUGGUCUACCACGCCCCGCUGAGUGUCUGGGCCAUCGGCGCAUUGUGGAGAGACCACCCCCUCGUCCCAGCUCAUCUCCUCGUGUUCGGCGUCCAGUCUUUCGUCACCUCCAUCGCUUGUCUGGCCGAAGUCUGGACCUGGGACGAUCGCACCACAAGUCAGAAGCAGACGCUCACGUCGUUGUACGCACCUUAUGUCGCUCUCGGGGGCUUCAUGGCAUUGGACAUGUUUUUGCGGCUGCGUGGCCAGAUUCUUGGGAAAACCAAGCGGGAGUGA